GGAGCCUGGCGGAGCCUGGCUGCCCCUGCCGGAGACGGGGGGAAGAAAAUAAAUGGGGGGAAAAAAAAUUAGAAAAUAAAACCAGACAGGCAGCCGGGGCCGCGGAGCGCUCCCGCCUCGCCUGCCCCCCGCCCGCCCGGGGGGACAGCGCGGGACGCGGAGGCCGGGGCGCAGCGGCGGGACGACAAUGCAGCAGGCGGAGAAAGCAGGAGGGGCAGCGCACAGCAACAUGGAGGGAGGCGCGGAGCGGGCCAGCCCCUGAUGCGGCUCUUUCUCCUCCUCCUCCUCCUCCGGGCAGCGGCUCCGGCGGCGAUUCCCUCCCUGGCGGCGGCUGGCGGCGGCGGCGGGUGGAAAUGAGCAGGUCGGCGGCGCUUCUCCUCUGCCUGCUGGGCUGCAACGUGUGGAAGGCGGUGACCAAAACCUUAGGGGCGCCCGAAGCAGCUCAAGAAGUAACGCUGAAGGUCCAUGUAAGUGAUGCCAGCACACAUCAGCCAGUGACUGAAGCCUUCAUUGAGAUUUUUAUCAACCAGAUCUCCAUUGCAUCUGGAACCUCAGGAGCAGAUGGCACUGCCUUCCUCAAGUUUCAGUAUAAGCUGGGCAAUCAGCUGAUAGUGACUGCUAGUAAACAUGCAUAUGUGCCAAAUUCUGCACCAUGGAAACCUGUAAGAUUGCCUGUGUUUUCUUCAUUGAGCCUUGGCCUUCUUCCGGAACGCUCAGCUACCCUAAUGGUCUAUGAUGAUGUAGUCCAGAUAGUCUCAGGAUUUCAAGGUGCACGGACUCAGCCACAAGUUCACUUUCAGAGAAGAUCUGUGAAAUUGCCAGAGAACACUAGCUACAGCGAUUUGACAGCAUAUCUAACUGCAGCCAGUUCACCCUGGGAAGUGGACAGUUUUCCUUAUUUGCAGGGAUUAGAUGGAAAUGGAACAGGAAACAGCACUAGGUAUGACCUCACCCCUGUCACUGCAGUCAGUGUUCAUCUCCUCAACAGCGAUGGGACCCCAGUCCCCGUGAAUGGCCCCAUCUAUGUAACAGUGCCUCUGCCAACAAACAGCAACCUGAAGCACAAUGCACACGUUCCAGCAUGGAGGUUUGACCAAAAAUUUGGGACAUGGCUGAAGAGUAGUUUGGGCCUUGUACAACAAGAAGGAAAUCAGUUGACUUGGACUUAUAUUGCACCUCAGCUGGGCUACUGGGUUGCAGCUAUGUCACCUACUAUCCCAGGAGGAAUGGCUCUCAUACUUCUAGUCUUGCUGUGUCUGCUUUUGUAUUAUUGCAGAAGAAAAUGUUUAAGACCACGUCAGCAUCAUAAGAAACUGCAACUUUCCACAGCACUGGACACUUCUAAGAAGGAUCAAGCAACCUCUAUGUCCCAUAUAAAUCUAAUAUUUUCACGUCGCGAGUCAGAAUUUCCCGGCGGGCUGUCUGUUGCUAGCAAUGGACACACUGAAAACUCAGGUGCAAAGGAAUUAAUCAGUGCUGUCCAUAUGGAGAUGGUAUCACCUAGUGGAGAAGCAGAUAUGCAUACACCUAUGCUCAAACACUCAUUCAGUACUUCCCAGGAGUUUAGCUCCCGAGAGGAACUACUCUCUGACAAGGAGAAAGACAAGAGCAGAAUUUCCUUGGAUGACCUGACGCCCAGUGGGUCUCUAAGAAAAGACUACCACAAAUCAGCAGAUAGUUUUCCUUUAAAGCCAAGAAAAUCUACAGAAACAGCUGAAGGCUAUGAGUCCCCUAUCAAAGAUGAGUAUAGGAGAAGUUACAAUGCUAUGCUGUCUCAGCCUUUAUUUGAAAAGCAAGAGAGAGAAAUUCAAGUAUCUAUGAACCAUAUUGCUACUGGAAGUAAAUACAAUAUUCAGGAACAAGCAUACCCCACACCUUCAGCCCCUGAAAAAGAGCUGCUGGACUGCAGACCUACUGAUUGUAUGAUGUCUCGUUCAGUUGAUCACCUUGAAAGGCCUACUUCUUUCCCUCGACCAGGUCAGUUAAUCUGCUGCAAUUCCGUUGACCAAGUCAAUGACAGUGUUUACAGAAAAGUUUUGCCUGCAUUGGUCAUCCCAGGUCAUUACAUGAAAUUGCCAGGAGAACACCCUUUUGUUAGCCAGCCAUUGGUUGUCCCAGCUGACCAGCAGAUAGAUAUAGAAAGACUUCAGGCUGAGCUUCCUAACCCUCACACACGGCUUUUUCCACAUCCCCCCCAACAGCUGCAACCCCAACAGUUAGCAUCCCAAGCAAUAUCUCAGCAACAUUUGCAAGAUGCAGGUGCAGCUGAGUGGAGUCAACAAAAUGCUUCCAUGUCUGAAUCUAUUUCCAUUCCUGCCUCACUUAAUGAUGCGUCCCUGGCUCAAAUGAAUAGCGAAGUGCAGCUUCUUACAGAAAAGGCUUUGAUGGAAUUAGGAGGUGGAAAGCCGUUGCCUCAUCCUCGAGCAUGGUUUGUUUCUCUCGAUGGACGUUCAAAUGCUCACGUUAGACAUUCAUACAUCGAUCUCCAAAGAGCUGGUAGGAAUGGGAGUAAUGAUGCCAGUUUGGACUCUGGUGUUGACAUGAAUGAACCAAAAUCUGCCCGAAAGGGAAGAGGAGAUCAUCUGUCUGCGCCACAGAGUCACCCACCAGUGCAAGAGCACCAGCAGAGAGAGCGGAAGGUUUCAGACAGCACAGCUUACACACAGCUUGUGUACUUGGAUGAUAUGGACCAAAGUGGCAGCGAGUGUGGAACAGCAGUUUGUAGCCCCGAGGACAAUGCUCUACGAUGCCUACUAGAAGGCACUAGUAAGAGAAGUGGUGUGCAGCUGCCCAGCCUGCAGGAGGAAACAAGAACUGUGGAUACCAAACCAGAGCCAUUAACUAGUCCUGAACAUGGAACAUCAGUUCAAGAUGAUGAGGAGGAUGAGGAGGACGAGGAAGAUGACCAAGGUGAAGAUAAAAAGAGUCCUUGGCAGAAACGAGAGGAAAGACCACUAAUGACUUUCAAUCUGAAGUGAGCUAUUGUGAAAAUCCACCAUUCAGUGGAGUAUAAAAUUGCCAAAUAUUCUUUCUGUGGAAGUGCUUGAUUGUUUUUUUUCUUUUUUUGUUGUGGAGAGAAAAGAGAAAAACAAACUGUGGUGAGCAACAUUUGAAAGAACUUAAAUGCAUUACUGUGUAAAUGUUAGAAAAGAAUUAAAAUCAUUCCUCUGAUUCAACGGCUGCCUCCAGUGAGAUAGCUGAACAAAGAGUGUGAUUGUUAUUCCAUAUACUUGAUAUUGGUCAUCCAGGAUGUUGAAAAUACUGACAAAUUGUUUUGGUUGGUUUAUGACCUCAAUCUCCUUAUGAAUGGGAGCUGGUAAAGCUUUUGUUUUCUAGGCCAAUUUUAUGUUGAUAAUGCUACUGAAAGUAUCUUAAAAACAAGAGUUUGACACAUGGUGUCCAAUAAUGUGCAUUAUCUCAAUGAAAGGCUAUGCAUUGCUGCUUUUAGUAAUAUGUUGCUUAUACUAUACUUUUCUUAAUUUUACAAGUUGGUUGUAAACAUUUUAUGUCCUUUAUUAUAAACUACUCAGCAAUUUAUUUUAAUGCAAAACUGCAGGAAACUUGAGUAGCAUCCCUUAGCAUUGAAGCCUUUUUAUGAAACCAAACUGAACUUUGUGUCGACUAAGAUUCCUCCAAUUCUGGUCCCAUUUACUCAAAGUGCCUUUUUUACAGUAACAAUGAACAGUCCCUUCUUUUGCUAAGUCCUUUUAAUUGACCCCAUUUGGGAUUUUAUAAACUUCUGAUCUUCUACCUUUUAUUUUAAGCUGCAUGCCAAGAGUCCCAUUUUGUGCUGAGCAUUUCUCAUUUCAAUACAGUGUAUUCUGUAGCUAUCAUGUAUAUUGUGGAUUCUGUUUAGCCAGGAUAGACUUAGAAGACAUUUUAAAGGGCCCAGAGUAGCCAAGAAGAUAGUUUCAUUGACUGUAUAUAUUGUUAGUUUCCUCUGGAAUCAUAUGAGCUAAUCAUGCUCAUAUAAAAUGGACUAUAGACCGAGCAAGUGGGCUGAAUGUUUCUAGGAAAAAUUUGGGGGGUGGGGAGGGGUGGGGGAAAUGUACUAUCCAAAAGUGCCAGAAUGACUCUUCUGUGCUUUCUCCAUACAGAGCUGCUUGGUUAUCCAAAAAUUAUAAUUGAAAAUAAACUGCAAAAAAUAUCUUUGUGGAUUUUUUUCCUCUGUUGGUGUCAUCACAUUAUUUUAUAUUAUUUAAUAAGAAAAAUACUUUGGUUUCACUUUUGCUGUGCAUAUUUAUGCUUGUGACUUACUAACACACUUUCUUAUGCAGUUCUCAUGAACUUCAGUCAAUGCUGAAAUUAUGCCCCUUUUCAGAAAAGCAUCCAUCCUAUCUUGAUAAAUACGUAUAUAUUUGCUUAAUAUCACGGAAGACUUUGGAAAUGAAAUCCAUGUGUCACCAAAAUUCUCUAUGGAGUCAUGCUUCCUGUGGGACCAGUUUUCUUUCUGAGGUUUCUGCGGGUACUCACACUUCUUGCACACUUCUGAUUUCUUCAAGAAUCAGGUUCAAAGAAAGUAUGUGACUUCCACUUUUGUGGAUCAUUCAUAUACAUUGAGUUUAUCAUGUUUCAUUCAAUUAUCUUUAUGCAGCAUUAGUAGCAGCCAUGCUUGAUAAAGUUAAUUAUAAUGUAAUCUCUAAAGUGAUUAGAGAAAGUGUUAUAUAGUUCCUAUUUAAUUUUUAAUAAUAAACCCUGACUUGGAUUCAUUGUGCUUUUUUUCAGCAGAUUUCAAGUUUUUCUUAGGAGGCCUGUUUUGUAAUUUCCGUCUUACUGAAUGUCUUACCUGGGAGUCUGGGCUUGAGCCAGCAACUGAAUCCCAAUUUCCUAGUUCCCAGUUCAGUGGUCCUCUCCAUUCACAAAGCCACCUUGCCUCUGUUUUGCUUUAAUUCAUGUCUUGAAGUGGUAUAUGUCAUAAAAGAAAUCUAAAAUAAUAUUUGUGGAGUGCAUUGAAUAUUGAAAUCCCUGUAUUAGCUGUAAGUUAUGUUUUAGUCAUCACAUGCGUUCCAGGUCCUUUCCUGUCCUGUUUAGGAAUUUUGCUACGGGCCACAUGUGAACUGGCUCCGGGGUCUGGGUUACUUUUGUCGGUCUGUGCAAGGUUGCUGAACAGAACAAUACUACUUUAAAAGAACAGUAUCAAAUGUCAGUAAGUGCUGGUAAUACAGUGUCACUUAUUAAUCAGAACGCUGCAUCAAGUAAACAUUCUGGUUAAAAUUUCUGCAUACUAGAAUUAUUAUGCUAUUUAAUUUUCAACUUUCUGUUGGCUUAAAUCUGUCAUUUUUAGUUACAUUAUUUUUCUGAUUCCUUUGCGAAGUUUCCGUCAUUAUCUUGUAAAGUGAGAUUGUUGCUAUUAAACUGCAGUGGUCUGUUUCUUUAA